CGAAACCCUAUCUUGCUUUCGUUACGUCUCCUCGCAUAAUAUCGCGCCACCACACAGGAGGGGGAGGAGUCUAAGCCGCCGCGUCGCCACCAGAAGACAUGGCUGUUCCAUUGCUGGACAAGAAGAUUGUGAAGAAGCGGGUCAAGAAGUUCAAGAGACACCAGAGUGAUCGCUUCAUCUCUGUGAAGACAAACUGGCGCAGGCCCAAGGGUAUCGACUCCCGUGUCAGGAGAAAGUUCAAAGGAUGCACGUUGAUGCCAAAUAUUGGUUAUGGCUCAGACAAGAAGACCCGCCAUUACCUUCCUAAUGGGUUUAAGAAGUUUGUCGUGCACAACGUGAAAGAGCUGGAAGUUCUAAUGAUGCACAACAGGACAUACUGCGCUGAGAUAGCACACAAUGUUUCCACCAAGAAAAGAAAGGAUAUCGUCGAACGGGCAGCUCAACUUGAUAUUGUUGUGACGAACAAAUUGGCUAGGCUGCGCAGCCAGGAGGAUGAGUAAGCAGUUGCGUAGCUGUUGUUUUUGUGUUGGAAUGUUUUCAUUAAUAGGUAGUAAUCAGAAGAUCAAACUUAAGAGUUCACUGUUGAAAUUUUGUUUGGAGUUAAUAGUUAUUGAUUCAGACAUGUAUCAUGUACGACAUGCUAUUUGAUUGAGAUCUGCAAUGACAUUCUGGUUUUGAAUUGAAGUUUUGUGUUCUUUGUU